UAUAUACCCCCUGCCCAACGGCGCCUCCUCGGCCCCUCCUCUCCUGCUCUUCAUCAUCCAUCCCAAAAACCAAAAGAACUGCUGGUUUCUCCUUCCUUCUCCGUGCCCCAUUCUGAGAUUGCAAUAUAUAUAUAUAUAUACAUACAUCUACGUGUAUCGUAUAUUUUUCAAAAAGAUGGCUCUAAAGGCCGUUCAUGUCUCCGACGUCCCCAGUCUCGAUCAUGUUCCUGAAAACGCCGCCUCCUUGUCUCUAUAUUCCCCCUCCCGCUUCCUCAAAGCAGGCGGUUUGGAAACGGGGAGAUCGGCGUUUAAAGCUCCGAAAUUUUUGGUGAUCGGACACCGGGGGAACGGAAUGAAUCUAUUGCAGUCGUCGGAUGGGAGAAUGAAGGCCAUUAAGGAGAAUUCUAUCCUUUCUUUCAAUGCAGCCUCUAACUACCCCAUCGAUUAUGUUGAGUUUGAUGUUCAGGUCACCGGAGAUGGCUUCCCUAUUAUUUUCCACGACAACUUCAUCCUCUCUGAACAAAACGGCAUGAUUUACGAGAGGAGAGUAACAGACCUGUCGCUGUCUGAAUUCCUCGGUUACGGUCCCCAGAGAGAAGACGGGAAAGUGGGAAGAUCUCUGUUGAGGAAAACCAAGGACGGCAGAAUAGUCAGCUGGAGCGUUGAAACGGACGAUUCCCUCUGCACCUUAGAAGAAGCCUUCCACAAAGUCAACCCUCGAUCGGGCUUCAACGUCGAGUUAAAGUUCGAUGAUCACGUCGUUUAUCAAGAGGACCAACUCGUCCAGGUUCUUCAAGCCAUCUUGCGGGUUGUAUUUGAGCAUGCCCGCGACCGGCCCAUCAUCUUUUCUAGUUUCCAACCUGAUGCUGCUCUGCUCAUCAGGAAGCUACAGAGCACCUAUCCGGUCUUUUUCCUCACGAAUGCCGGGACAGAGAUUUACUAUGACGUGAGAAGGAACUCUUUGGAAGAGGCCGUGAAGCUAUGCUCGGAAGGGGGAUUGCAAGGUAUUGUUUCCGAAGUGAAAGGCAUCUUCAGAAAUCCGGGGGCAGUUAACAAGAUCAAAGACUCCAAGCUCUCCCUUCUAACAUACGGCAAGUUGAAUAAUGUGCCUGAGGCCGUCUACCUCCAAUAUUUGAUGGGCAUUGAAGGCGUGAUUGUGGAUGUAGUUGAGAAAAUAACCGAGGCUGUCUCAAAUUUGAUGAGGCCAUCCAAGGAAGGAGCAGAGGAGGAGGAGGAGGCGGUGGUGGAGGAACAUAAUGAUCAGUCGUUGCAACAUGCCAAGCCUGAAUUCUCCCAGAAGGAACUGUCUUUCUUGCUGAAGCUAAUUCCAGAAUUGAUACAGCAAUAACUUUUCAAGUUAUUUGACCGUAAUCCUUCUUUUUCUUUUCCUGUUCGCUUGCCUGACCUCCAUGAUUGCACAUAAAUUGGCCUAUUUCCAAGUUAAAGAGCAGAGGCACCCCAUAUGCCAGUAGUAUGAUACGUUAGUUCUCCACUCGACUCGUGGUACCAUUCAACUUGUUGAUGUAGAGCCAUUGUACAGUAGGACUUUUUGCUGCUUUCUUACAUGCAUGAAUUAGAAAGGAAGAGAUUUCGUCUUUCCUCACCA